AUGAUAAAAGAGAAGAUCGAACAUGAGACGUACGACCCGCAUACUAAGCGUGAUGACAUCGCCUUGCUCCGGCUCAAUCAGCCCAUCAAAUUUGAUGACUACACUCAGCCUGCCUGCCUUCCUGCCAAACACGCCAUUGUGGACAACCUAGAUGACUGCUACGUCGCUGGCUGGGGUGUCCUCAAAGAAGGAUCCUCAGAAACAUCAGAUGUCCUUCAAGAAGCCCCAGUGAAUUUAAUUCCAGUUGACCGUUGCAACCGCCCAACCUGGUACAACGGAGCAGUGGGUGACUACAACCUGUGCGCUGGAUAUGAGCAGGGAGGCAUCGAUAGUUGCCAGGGUGACAGUGGAGGACCUUUAAUGUGCAAAAGGAACAAAGCUAAGUUCUAUACUGUGGUCGGCAUAACCAGCUGGGGCUCCGGCUGUGCCCAGGAGAAAAGCCCUGGAGUUUACUCCGCCACCCAGUAUUAUCUCGAGUGGAUUUCUAAACAUCUUUCUAAGAACAAGAACCCUACAUCCAAGACCAUCUAAAAUAGGGCCGUGAAACAAAUCGCUCCAAACGUAGCUGAAUAAAUCAGCAAAGCUGACAGGAAGACCCGUUAUAUCUAAAGCGCUCCCGGAGCAGAAAUACAUCAGAUUUACAUCAGAUGGAGCCAUCUCUUUGCAGCAGAAACUGCAUAUCACGUCAGCAUUUAGUUAUAAGUAUAGGCUAAUAGAUUAAUAAAUAGGAAUGCAUAAAUAAGACGUGUACUUAUUAUUUAUUAUUAUUUACUGUUUUAUA